AUGUGCCAAGGUGGUGACUUUACUGCUGGUAAUGGUACUGGUGGUGAAUCUAUUUAUGGUGCUAAGUUCGAGGAUGAGAACUUUAAGAUCCAUCAUAGUGGUCCUGGUGAUCUAUCUAUGGCUAAUGCUGGCCGUAACACUAAUGGUAGUCAAUUCUUUAUUACUACUGUUAAAUGCAGUUGGUUGGAUGGUAAACAUGUUGUAUUCGGCAAGGUUAAGGAAGGUAUGGAUGUAGUUAGGAAGAUGGAGGCUGUUGGUUCGUCCUCUGGCAAGACUUCUGCUCCUGUUGUUAUCGCCGAUUGUGGUCAGCUAGCUUAG